GGAGAGAGAGAAGCUAAACAGGUGGUCUGAAAACACAGAAAACAAUGUCGUCCGGCGGGGAGAAGCGGAAACACUGCUAGUCCUCGCUUCAGUGAAGGAAUACCGAGCUGAACCAACUAAAAAAAACCCUCCAUGGUCCUUUUUUAUUUCCAGACGGAUUUCUCUUCCUCCUCUUCUCGGUUUUACUCUCCGAAUCUGGGCAAGAUCUCGGAUACUAAACCAUGAAAGUCACGGUGUGUUUUGGCAGGACCCGAGUGGUGGUGCCGUGCGGGGAUGGGAAUAUUAAAGUGCACACCCUCAUCCAGCAGGCUGUCAUGAGAUAUAAGAAAGCUAUAGCCAAGGAUGCUAGCUACUGGCUGCAGGUCCACCGGUUGGAGCACGGUGACGGCGGGAUCCUCGACCUGGAUGACGUUCUCUGUGAUGUGGCCGAUGACAAAGACAGGUUGAUAGCGGUCUACGAAGAGCAGGAGCCCCAUCAUGGAGGUGAUGGUACCAGUGCCAGCUCCACAGGUACCCAGAGCCCUGACCUGUUUGCUGCAGACCUCAGUGCGGGCAGCGGUGCCUCGGCCUUCCAACCGUACCAGGCCGCCAGCGAGAUCGAAGUCACCCCCUCCGCCCUGCGCACAAAUAUGCCCCUCCACGUCCGGCGCAGCAGCGACCCUGCCCUAAUGAGCAUCAAUGGCCCUUUUAGCGGCAGCGAGUCACGAGCCCAAACAGAAGAGGGGCCAUCAAGAAAGAACCCAACGCGCUGGUCCACCACAGCUGGAUUCUUGAAAGCUCGACACUCUUCAGGCACCAACAGCCUUGAAAGGAAGGGAAAAGGUAUGGAUACAUAUCGCAGUCUACCCCGGGAUGCAGGGACGUGGGCCAAUCAGAGAGAGUUUCAGAGAGAGACGGCUCGCUCAUCACUCAGCGCCAAUCACCCCAUGGUGGACCGCUGGCUGGAGAGACAGGAGCAGGAGGAAGAAGCCAGAGAAGAAGAAAACGGUAGGAUCGAGCCGGUUGGUCGAGCCGACUCUUGCCUGGACCACACCCCUGUGAGGUCACUAGAAGACAUAGUCAAACUGGUGGAGGUGUCAAACGACGGUGGGCCCCUGGGGAUCCACGUGGUGCCUUUCAGUGGCAGGGACCGCAGGACUCUUGGCUUGUUGGUCAAGCGUCUGGAGAGAGGAGGCAAGGCCGAGCAGCAGGGCCUCUUCCAGGAGAACGACUGUAUCGUCCGUAUCAAUAAUGGAGACCUGAGAAACAUCCGCUUUGAACAAGCCCAGAACAUGUUCCGUCAAGCCAUGCGCUCUCCUGUCAUCAUGUUCCACGUGGUGCCGUCGUCGAUGAAGACCCACUACGAGCAGUUGUCCCAUGCUGAGAGGAACCCAGCGUACUCCUCCGGACGUUUCAGCCCGGACUCCCUGACCGGCAGCAUCGUCUCCGGCAUGGAUCACACCCCGCAGAGGAUGUCACGGCACGGUUCCCAAAAUCACCCACACUCCCACCCGCAUCCUCACGCCCACGCUCACCCCGAACAGACUGACGGAUACCCCCCUCUGACUCACCCGGCUGUCUCUGCGGCCAAACCCCCAACAGGACACACCCACUCGCCUCAGAGGGGGGCAAACGCAACGCCAACUGGGGGAUACACCAAAAAAGUUGGAAGACGACUAAACAUACAGCUGAAGAAAGGUCCUGAGGGACUCGGCUUCAGUAUAACUUCACGGGACGUUCCUAUCGGCGGCUCGGCACCCAUCUAUGUGAAGAACAUUCUGCCUCGGGGAGCUGCCAUCCAAGAUGGCCGUCUGAAGGCAGGAGACAGGCUACUAGAGGUAAACGGCGUCGACUUAAAUGGGCGAACCCAGGAGGAGGUGGUUUCCCUGCUCAGAGCCACACCCAUGGGCGGGGCUGUCGGGCUACUGGUUCUACGGCAGGAGGAGGCUUUCCUCCCCAGAGAAGUGAAUGCUGAGCCCCAGAUGCAAUGCCCCAGAGAUUUGCAUCCAAGGCAGUCGGUGACAGGCGGGAAACCCCAUUGGCUGAUUGAGAAGACAGAAGAGGACGACUUGGUUUUGACUCCAGACGGGACCAGAGAAUUCCUGACCUUUGAAAUCCCCCUCAGUGACUCGGGGUCAGCCGGGUUGGGUGUCAGCGUCAAAGGGAACCGCUCCAAGGAGAACCACGCUGACCUUGGCAUCUUUGUCAAAUCGAUCAUUAAUGGAGGAGCAGCCUGCAAGGACGGUCGGCUCCGAGUGAACGACCAGCUGAUUGCUGUCAACGGAGAGUCGUUAUUGGGUAAAACCAACCAGGACGCCAUGGAGACGCUACGCAAGUCCAUGUCAACAGAGGGCAACAAGCGUGGGAUGAUCCAGCUGAUUGUGGCCCGACGGGUAGCCAAAAGGAAUGAGGAGGCACCAGGGAGCCCGCUGGGUCCUCAGCAGACGAUGAACACCACCCUGGAUGACCAUGAGCGAAGAAUCUCCCACUCCUUGUACGGUGGCCUGGAAGGACUUGAUGACAACUUGAUGCCACGACAGGGCAUGAUUCCACGCACAAUAGGAAACUAUCAGCUCUCACCGACCGUCAACAUGCCGCAGGAUGACACAGUGAUCAUUGAGGAUGAUCGGCCACCCCUACUCCCACCAAACCUCUCUGACCAAUCAUCAUCCAGCUCCCAUGACGACGUGGGCUUCACUGCUGAUGUGACGCCGUCGUGGGCCAAAGAGCUGCCCAGCCAGAAUGAAAGCUCCCAGAGUCCAGAAGAAAACCAGCCUGACGCUGCUUUCCAGAGGGAAGGCUUCGGACGCCAGAGCAUGUCAGAAAAACGCACCAAGCAGUUCGGAGACGCGGCUCAGCUCGAGAUCAUCAAGACACGCAAGUCCAAGAGCAUGGAUCUAGUAGCCGACGAGAUUAACCUCACUCCUCGGCCUGAGACCAACACAGGUUCUUCCACUAAAGAUGUCGGACCAUCGCUCGGCCUAAAGAAGUCCAGCUCUCUGGAGAGCCUCCAGACAGCGGUCGCAGAGGUGACCCUCAAUGGGGACCUCCCUUUCCACAGGCCACGCCCCCGCAUUAUUCGGGGACGGGGCUGCAACGAAAGCUUUAGAGCAGCCAUCGACAAAUCGUACGACCGGCCAGCUGCUACAGAGGAGGAGGAUGAGGGCAUGGAGACACUGGAGGAGGACACAGAGGAGAGUUCUCGAUCAGGGAGAGAGUCGGUGUCUACGGUGGCCGACCAGACGCCGCUAUCCGGCUCUGAAAAACCCCUGGUCAACGGCACAAAUCGAACCAAAGAAGAAAAGAAGAAGGACAAAGACAAGGCAGGGAAGGAGAAGGAGAAGAAGAAGCAGGAGGGAGGGAAGGAGAAAGACAAGGGGAAGGCCAAGAAGGGCAUGCUGAAAGGACUCGGGGACAUGUUCAGGUUUGGAAAGCAUCGAAAGGAUGAGCGGCCGGGGGAAAAGAUGGACCGUAAAGGCUCCAGCAAGUGGAGGCAGGAGGAGACGCAGGCUUCAGAUGAAGAGACAAUGAAGAUGAGGAUGGAGCAGGAGAGGAUCCAGGCCAAGACCAGGGAGCUGCGUGAGCGUCAGGCCAGGGAACGGGACUACGCCGAAAUCCUGGACAUUAGCCGCACAUCGGAGAGAGCCUCAGAGGAGGAGCACCCGUACGCAGGCAUCAAUGCCCUGAACAGCUCUGUCGACAGUGGGCACAGUCGACCCCACAGCCCCCGAGAUGAAUACCCCCACAUCCACUCACAUCACCACCACCAGCUCUCAGAUACACUCUACACGCAGGUCAGCAAGGGCCGCAACGACAGACCUCCAUCAGCAGACAGUAACCGGCUAACGCCGAGCAACCACGACCGGAUACAGAGGCUGAGGCAGGAGUUCCAGCAGUCCCAGAACGUCCCGGAAGACCCCGACGACCGCAGGAGGACGUACAGCUUCGAGCAGCCGUGGUCAAACAGCAGCAGUAACGGUCCAGGCGGGUACAGCCAGCCGGGUCGUCACUCAGUGUCCGUGGAGGUUCAGAUGCAGAGGCAGAGACAGGAGGAGAGAGACUCGUUCGCCCAGGCGCAGCGUCAGUACAGCUCCCUACCACGGCAACCCAGGAAGAACCCCAGCUCCAUCUCCCAGGACUCGUGGGACAAAGCGUACCCACCAGGUGAAGGCUUCCAGACAGCAAAAGACAACCCCAGGUACUCCAGCUAUCAGGGCUCCAGGAACGGCUACCCGGGAGGCGGAAGCGUCAACGCCCGAGUCCUCUUGGAGGCCCAGGAGCUGCUGAGGCAGGAGCAGAGACGGCGAGAGCAGGAAGCCAAAGGGAAGCUAAUGCAGGAGAGCAGCGGAAACAGCGGCUAUGAAGGCUACUCCGCCGGGCUCCUGAAGGACCCUGCUUCUCCAAAGGGGCCCUACCGACACGACGUGCCACCUUUGCCUUCGCAGUUAGCGAGGCUUAAUAGAUUGGGUUCUGAGAAAGGAAGACUUUUUUAUUCUUGAGGAGUUUGAAUGGACUGAUGGAAGGAAAGCUGAACAGUGAACACUACAGAAACAGCAGAAGUGGACGCUGCAGAUCACGACAAAGGGACAAGCUAGAGGUCUUAGCAGUCAGUACGUUUACAUGCACUGUUAAGCUACAUUUUAGCUUGAUUAGGAUGUUAAAUCAGACUUCUGUCCUCGUCCCAGUAUACAAACAUAAGGGGAAAAUGUGAUAAUUGACAGAGAGAUGUCUAACUACAACACAAUAGCACUGCUCUGUACAUUUUGUACAUCCUCUAUGCUUUACUUUUGGAUAGAUAUAAUGCAUAUUGUCCUUCCAAGCUCAUGGUAAUUAAAGGCACAACAUAACUCACUGUAUGCAUAGCAUUUAUGCUGUUUGACUGCAUUUAAAAGUGAACUGUUUAAGCCAGGCAAACACAGUAACGCACUGACCGAUCUUGGAGGUGACCAGCAGGAGUGCACGCUACAAAUCUUGACAAAGGGACAAACUCGAGGUCUUAUAGCAUAGCAGUCUGUACAUUUAUAUGCAAAACUAAGUUGCGCUACAUGUUAGCUUGAUUGGGAUAUUUAAUUGGACUUCUGUUCUAGAACAAAAACACCAGGGGAAAAUCGGUUUACCGACAGAAAUGUGUCCAGCACUGCUCUUGGUGACAUUAAGCUAGUUACCAUUGGGCCUGCAGCUGUUUGACCUUGCUAACAAACUAGCAAGCAGUUAACUUGCUAUGCAAUAUGCCAAACAAUGAAAAUGUGAACAAUUUUAUAGCUCUGUGCAUUUUGUACAUGCCCUUGCUUUACUUUUGCUAUAAAAUUGGCACAUAUUACCACCCACACAAUGGUAGUUGAAGGUAGAAUGCAACUUAAUGCUGAGUAUUUGUGCUGCCCAACCUCUGGGUCAAAGCCCAGCAUGGAAUAAGAAUGAGCAAUUAAUCAGAAUUAAGAUUGUAUGGAUAUUUCUGUAUUUUUUGAAUUUGUGCUGAAUGAGUGGUGGGGAUAGCUUCCAGAGAUUUUCAGUGUGCAUUAACCCUUUAAACAGAUUGCGCUCAGGGCACUGGCAUGGAAACUAGGCUAUACAGACGGGUGCAAUUUAUCUGCAUAAUUUAGUGAGUUUGUUGGCUGACUUGUAUAGUAUAUUGUAAAAUUUUGAAACUCUUUUUUUCCACAGAAAGCCUCUGUGUUUGGCUUUAUUUUGCAGUGCAAAUUUUGGCUAAGUGUCCUUCCACCUCAUCGUAUCUGAUCAACUGCUUGAGCGAGGAGGCUUCAACAACAGAAAACCUGACCAAAACUAGUUAUUUCAGCCGAGUUUUCCAUUUCAGCUGCAAAGCAGUUUUCAUAAGGUGAACAUAUCAUCCCAACAGUUACUUGUGUAUAGAAGAAUAAAACCACAUCCAUAAACUCACUUGGAUGAAAAACGUCCACUCAGCUCUUCUCGUUAGACGCAGUUUAAUUUAUCUUGAGAGAGUUGAAGAAAGUCGAUGAAACCACAGUGUUCUGUAAGGCAGGGAACUCUGGAUAGGGAGUGAUGCAGGCUGACUCGGGAUCUUUCCUGCUAACCAGUCUUUACUGAAGUUUCUCUGCGCUCCAGCUCAUACAGGUAGCCACUUUAAUUCCCAGUGAACGACACAUCAUGGCCAAAAUGGUUCAUCCUGUCUCGUUUUAGCUUAGCUUGUGAUUGUUGUCUGAUGAACCCAGAGACCAAAACAGCUGAUCAGGAGGUGACAAUACACUGAGGUGGAGGAACACAUACCUUAAGUUUGCUUUGUAAAAUAGUGCCAAACACAGAGGCUUUCUUGGUGAUAAGAAAUGAAUUGCGUACAUAGCGUACAUUGGAGCCAACAUUGUUUUUUGGCCCAUGUUACCUUAAAUUUGCUAAAUUACACAAAGAAACUGCACCUGUCUGUAGCCUGUAUGGCCUUCCUCCAGCAUGAUCUGCUUAAAGGGGAAACACACCUCGAAAUCACAACAGGCUAAUGCUACUAUUAUUGCUAAGUACCUCAUACAAACGAACAUCAAAAUGACAGAAAUGUCCCUUUAAAUCAGGUAUGGCCUACAGCAAUUUUUUUAAAGUGCAGGUGGCACAAUUUCUCUAACUUGGAAUGUGUCAAAACGGCAGUUUUAAUUUUUUUUGCAUCAGAGAUGUUACGCUCUACACAUCAAGCAAACAUUUGAGAGUUAGAUUUUUAGUGUAGUUUGAAAAGAACCCAACAUCCCUCUAUGUUUUUCUUAAUCAAAAUGAGAAUGACAUCCCUCCAGUAAAACUGUUUACAUCGAUUUGCAAUUUGCAUCAAAAUCUUUACAUUUAGAUCUCUUUUUUUAAUCAUUCAGCCACAAGGAAUCAUACAGCUCAGAACACCUUGUCUGACAUGUUUACAUGCAUUUUAAAAGUCCAGUUUAAGUCAGCUGAGCACUGUUACUCGACCUUUUCUACCUGCAUGUAAACGUACUGACUGGUCUUAGAGGUAAACAGCGGUGAUGUGUGCUCAGCAUGUGGGCGUUUGUGUUCAUCCCCUGCUGUGACGAUGACCUAUACGAUUGAUCAGACCCUCCCACGGACAUGAGACGCUCAGUGCCUUCUCUGCAUCCACGGAUACUUCUUCACAGUCGUCCAGUCCUCUGACUCAUCGAGCUUUUGGCACCGUCACGUGCUGACAAUCAAAAAACAGGCAGACAGGCGAGUGAGUGGGUGCUCUUUUGAGCCCACGGGGGAGGUGUUGGUGUCUGUGUGGGUUCGUGUGUAGGCAAGUGAUAUGGUACAUGUUUCACGACAGAGUGUGUGGCUCUACAAAGUGUCCCGUGGAUGACUCUUCCCAUCGGUCACAACUCAGAGUUAACAUUCAGCCUCCCUACAAGCGCUGCUGGCGUUUCUCCGCAUCCUGUUUUCUCUCCAUUCAGUGUUUUCUACUCUCUCACUUGAGUACUCCCCAGGGAGCAGAGGAAACACGGCAAAGAGUAUGAAAGAAGCAGGGCACUGUGUGUGUGUUAUUAAUAAAAAAGCCCCUCUCAUAAAUGAUUCAUAUCGUGUGUUAUCUCCGUGGAGGAGACCCAGGCAGAGAGGGUAGACAGCUCUGAUCCUUUGCCUGGCCCCCCUACACCGCUCUGGGCUUGAUUCCCUGGCCCGCCUGCCUGUCUGUCUGGAGCUCCAAUCCUCUUUCUCUUGUCAUUCUCUCUGUUCAUUACCUUUCUUUCUUCUACUUCAACACCUCCACCUUCAUCCUCCUCUCCUUCACACUCAUGCCACCCCCCUCCCCCUCCUCUUCCUCUUCCUCCCACUCCCACCCUCCUUCCCUUUUUCGUCUCCCGAGUCAGGCUCUGCACUGAAUUUUUCAUCACAAGCCACCUGCUGCCUGCCAGAGCCAGAGAAAGCUGCCACCAGAGGCACCAGCUUCUGACAAAAAGAGGGGAAUAACAGCAAAAAAAAAAAAAAAGACGGAAUAGAGAUGGGAAGAGACAGACAAUAAGCCCCUCAAUGUGAGAUUAGCUGCAGCUUUUGUCCAGAUUUUAACAAAAGACGAAAUUGCCCUGAGUAGUUAAUUGCUUUCAAUUUGCUGUAAUUGCUUUAUUUUUUUUGUCAACCAUUUAACAAAUUUACCUGACGCCCUUUUCAAAGAUUUAUAGAAACACACUGAACUGCUCUUUUUUAAAGAAACAGAUUGCCUUUUCCCGCUUGCUCUCUGAAAUGUUUUGUUUUUGAGUCACCCUGCGGAGUGGCAAAGCAAAUCUGUGCAUCCAGACAAAAUAGGCAGAGAAAGAAGUGUUAUUUUUCUUAUAGAGCUCAGCCAAACUCUGCCCUGCUGUGCUGGAAUUUCUCAAAGUUUUGCUUCAAGGAUAUCUGCCAGGAAAUUCACUCACCCAGGAGAGAAAAGGAGCGCUGCAGUGUUAAUUUGGUCGACUAAAACUGUGACUAAAAAUGUCUGUAGACUUCUGUUUUCCACUGGAUUAAAAAUAGAUAUUUGGGGUUAAAAGCUCUGGUAAAAACCUUACCUUGGUGUUCAACAUUCAAACAUUAAAAAUCCAUGAUAUUUCUCUGCUGUGCCUGUAAGCUAUCUCAGUAUUUUCAUCAAUAUAUCUAAAAUCUGUUUAAGUGUUGAUAGUGCAUUAAUAUAAAUAAGAGACUAAAAUGUAUGGUCUUUCUAAUGUCUAAAAUGUUUUUAAGUUUUCAAUGGCUAAAACUAGACUUGGUCAUAAAUGGCUACAAUGAGACGAAACUAAAGUCAUGUUAAUCGAAAGACUUUGAUUUUCAUAAAGCUCAUAUGGUAGCCAUUGUUUUGUUAUUUAUAUAAAAUACACAGUUCCUUUUAGGCUGAAUACAAAAAACUGAAAUUAUCAGUAACUUCUCUUUAUAAGGUGCAGAGGUAAACAAUACACUAAACAGCAUAUUUGACUAUUUCUACAGUUAUUUUGAUGCCCAUAACCACUGCCAUGGGGAAUGUGUCACCCUCAAAUUACACAUACUCUGCAAAGAGAUCCGCACAUAAAGCUCAAUCUUGAGCAAAUAAUUUCCUUUUAAGUGGUCUUUUUGAUUCCACUGCACGCGCUCUGGUCUGCUCAAGUUGUGAGACAGGUUGAGUUUGAGGUGAAGCCACUGCCAAAUGCAAUCCAUCCAAACAGCAUUAGGACUGCAAAGCAUCGAGUCAACUUCAAAAUACACCAUGCACCAACUCUCAACUGUAAAUCUUAUCACUAUAUAAACAUUACAUCUGAUCUGUUGGCACAAAUUACAGGUCAUCAGUCGGUCACAGAGAUCAUCUGGCUUUUGAAUGGGCCUUUCACCCUGGUAAUGAGCUGGAGACCCCCAGUGGUUUCCGGGCCCUUGGAUCAGGGGCUCGUAGCAACCCUGAUACCUGCCUGGCCAGUACCCUUGUGCCAGGCCAUGAUUACUAGGCAGAUCCAACCCUAACUCUGCCUUAAAGGUGAUUUUUUUUUUAGCAUAUUAUUUUCAUAUGCCCCUGGUAACAUGCAAAGACAUCCAGAGCACGACUGAGGUUGCGUCAGUCCUUCUUCCUGCAUGUUGGUCCCCUUGGGUGGUAUUCGGCUCCACAUCUACACCUUUCUUCAGCCUCAAUUUUUAGCCCAGAAAGGCCUUAAAAUUCUGCCCAGUACUGUUCCUUACAUGCACAAUGGAUUAUAUAUAUAUAUAUAUAUAUAUAUAUAUAUAGUAUAUUUAUAUAAUCAUUGAUUUAGAUUGUCCAAGAGUCCAGCACUAAAAUUGUAGAUUUUAUCACCAUAUAUCUAUUUUAAGCUUGUGUUAGUCUUGUCUUCCUCGUGGAAUUUAAUGUCGUUGUCAAACAUUAUUAGUCAUAGUUUUAGUCAACAAAAGUAACACUGCUCCUUGCCAGUUGGAUUUCCACAACUCACUCGAGCUUUCUUUUCCAGAUUUAAUAAAAAGCUGUAAGAAAUCCACUAAUUAUCACUGCUUUAUUCCAACUUCAGUUUGUCUGACAGUAUAAACAUUGUCAGAAUUAUAAUUAUUGUUUAAACCUUCUAGGAAACUUUUCAAUCACUGCGGGGACAAAAUGAAUUCCUGUAGAGCAUCUGUGUGAAGAAAGAAGACUCAAAACCUGCAAAACAAACUUAAUCUUGCUGCAUUAUUCAAUCAUCCUUGAUAUUAUGGUGAACUAUUCCUUUACACAGGUGGCAUUUUGAUUAUGAACCAUGCUGGUCCAGUGCCGUGCUCCACUUGAUCCACUCGUUCUGCCUUUUUUUCCCCAAUCAACCCUGCAGAUGCUGAUUGGCUUUUUUUUAUUCUUGGAGGAGGAAACUAAUCAGUGAAAGCAGCUGCUGCAGUUGUAGGUUGGAGAGAAGACCUCGGGUGCUGAUGACACAUACUUAAAAACCACCGCCGCAGCAAAGCAGCCCACCGCUCUAAUUGCUGCAGUAGGUGGCAACCGAUCCUCUCAGUCUUCACCUACCCUCCUCUGACAUCACUAAUGCUUGCCUCUCUGCCUGCAAACGAACAAAUGAGACCCAGCUGAGGUCGAGCUUUAAAAAACAAAAAAAAAGGGAAAUACAAAAAUAUGAAACCUUGCUAUCAUUAAGCUGCGGAAAACAAACAGGCGGUACGUAAUUGCCCUUCACUCCUACACGCUCCUAUGCGGUGUGAAGCUGCGUGACAUACAUUAUCUCCUGUUGGUUAAUGAAGACCCUCGCUGGGAAAGAGACGGGCUUAGUAGGGGUGAUAAAUGAUGAACGGAAAGAAGUGAAAAGGUGAAGAAAGCUGCAUUUUUCUAGUGUUUGAACCUUUUUUGUCAACUCGAGGAAAUCUCUACUCUGUUUUCUAACUGAAAUGACCCUUUUGCAUUAUGUAUGUUCUUGUAACAACAUGAAAACACUCUCAGUGAGCGUUCAAAUCACUGCAGCGAUGGAUGAUGAAAUCUGUUACCAAAUAAGUGACAAUGUGGGGGUUAAAUCCUCUCCACUUGGAUCGUUUUUUUAGUGUUUGGUUGUAGCGGCCUGCACUUCCUGCUGUGAAUACUAGUAUGUCUCAACAUGCCGACUCGCACGUCUAGAAGGAUGUUUGUGACCUGUGCUGUAAACUUCAUGGACUCUGCUGUUCAGCUAGUUUAGUUACAGGGUCUGAUGUCAAGUGCCUGAAAUAAUAUCAAGAUAUUUUACACAAAUAGAGACACGAUGUGAUUUGUUUGUCGGUGACACUACAGCACACAAACUCCAGUGUGUGUUUUUAAACGUUUUUAAUAUCAUUGUAUUAAAAUGUGUCAUUUUUAGGGGUACUCCUUCUUGAUUUUUUUAACUUUAUUUGCAAGAGCCAACACUUACAAGCCGAUAUCAGUGUAUUUGUAUCCCGUUUGACAUUGCCUUCAACCAUGCUGUACCAUGAUGUGUUUAAAGUCUAAGAAGAAAUGGAAGCUGAUGUGCAAUUGUUUUUUUGUUUUUUUUUCCAGAAAACUUUUACAUGAUAUAUUAAGAAAUGUAUGCAGCCACUUUUUCUGUACAUAUCAAAUUUAGAAUAAAGCGGAAGGCUGUUCCAUCCUGU